AUGGAGAAAUCUUGGUCGGACAAUUGUGUACUAAGCACUGGUACACGAAAAUAUCUAAAGGCAACUGGGAACGAAGAAACUGGCCAACCGCCUAUGCAGUCACAUCGGGCAGGGCAACAGGGAACGGGAAACUGGCCAACCACUUGUGCAUUCAAAUUGGGCAAGUGGCUGGGGAAACCAUGGUCGAACAACUGUGUACAAAGCACAAGUACACGCAAAUAUCUAAUGGCCAGCUGGAAGGGGGAAACUGGACAACUACUUGCACAGUCAAAUCAAGCAGAUGUCUUGGGAAAUCAUGGUCGGACAACUAACUGUGUACUAAGCACAGGUACACGAAAAUAUUUAAAGGCAACUGUGAACGGGGAAACUGGCCAAUCACUUGUGCAGUCAAAUCGGGCAGGUACAUGUAUCAAAAGGCAACUGGGAAUGGGGGAACUGGCGAACCACCUGUGUAGUCAAAUCGGGCAGGUGGCUGUGGAAAUCAUGGCAACUAGGAAGGAGGAAACUGGCCAACCACCUGUGCAGUCAAAUCGAGCAGGCAGCUGGGGAAAUCAUUGUCGGACACCUGCAUACUACGUACAGGUACACGCAAAUAUCUAUAGGCAACUGGGAAGGGGGAAACUGGCCAACUACCUAUGCAGUAAAAUCGGGCAGGUGGCUGUGGAAAUCAUGGUCAGAGAACUAACUGCGUACUAA